UCUCCGCGCUCCAUCGAUGUCUUCGGGCGGCGGCUGCCGGUGCCUGCGCCUGCCGGACGCGGAGGCGCUGCCGGGAGCGGCGCUGCCCCAGGUGCCGGAUACGAGCUCGGCGGCGGCGGCGGCGGCCGGUGCAAGUGGCUAAGUUUGCAGUAACUAAGUAGGCAUCAUGUCUCGAGCACGCCAGCCCCCACUUGUGACUGGCAUCUCUCCCAAUGAGGGCAUCUCAUGGACAAAAGUGACAAUUCGAGGAGAAAAUUUGGGAACUGGGCCAACGGACCUCAUAGGUUUAACGAUAUGUGGGCACAAUUGUCUGCUCACUGCUGAAUGGAUGUCUGCUAGUAAAAUUGUGUGUCGAGUUGGACAAGCUAAAAAUGACAAAGGAGAUAUUAUUGUCACUACAAAAUCUGGUGGCAGAGGAACUUCAACUGUUUCCUUCAAGCUGCUGAAACCGGAAAAAAUAGGUAUCUUGGAUCAGUCUGCUGUCUGGGUGGAUGAAAUGAACUAUUAUGACAUGCGCACUGAUAGAAACAAAGGGAUUCCCCCUUUGUCCCUACGUCCGGCUAAUCCACUUGGUAUUGAGAUGGACAAAGGCAGAUUUCCUCAAAAAGAUUUAGAGAUGCUGUUCCCUGGGAUGAGUGCUGAUUUCACUAGUGAAAACUUCUCUGCUGCAUGGUACCUGAUUGAGAACCAUUCAACAACAAGUUUUGAUCAGCUCAAAAUGGCUGUUGUGAACUUGAAGAAACAAGCCAAUAAGAAAAAUGAGGGGAGUCUGGCUUAUGUGAAAGGAGGUCUCAGUACAUUUUUUGAAGCACAAGAUGCUCUGUCAGCAAUCCAUCAAAAACUGGAAGCGGAUGGAACGGAAAAAGUAGAAGGAUCCAUGACGCAAAAACUGGAGAAUGUUCUGAACAGAGCCAGUAACACAGCGGAUACUUUAUUCCAAGAAGUGCUGGGCCGCAAGGAUAAAGCUGAUUCAACAAGAAAUGCACUCAAUGUUCUUCAGCGUUUUAAAUUUCUUUUCAACCUCCCUUUGAAUAUAGAAAGAAAUAUCCAGAAGGGUGAUUAUGAUGUGGUUAUUAAUGACUACGAAAAAGCAAAGUCGCUCUUUGGAAAGACAGAGGUUCAAGUAUUCAAAAAAUAUUAUGCUGAAGUUGAAACCAGAAUAGAAGCUUUAAGGGAACUUCUGUUGGAUAAACUCCUUGAAACUCCAUCAACACUGCAUGAUCAGAAGCGUUAUAUAAGAUAUCUUUCUGAUCUUCAUGCGCCUGGGGACCCUGCUUGGCAGUGCAUUGGUGCUCAGCAUCAGUGGAUUCUACAGCUCAUGCACAACUGUAAGGAGAGCUAUGUUAAAGAGCAAAAAGGCACAUCAUUGCUCCACAGCUCCAUGCUAGACCUGGACAGUGAUGUGCGUCCAUCUCCAAUUGGCCACCUCAGUCAAACUGCUUCACUGAAGAGAGGCAGCAGUUUUCAGUCUGGCCGCAAUGACGCCUGGCGAUACAAAGCACCACAGCAAGUUGUGUUUGUUGAAAAGUUGACAAAACUCGUUGUAAGUCAGCUACCCAACUUCUGGAAGCUCUGGAUUUCUUAUGUGAAUGGAAGUUUAUUCAGUGAGACUGCUGAAAAAUCUGGGCAAAUGGAAAAAUCAAAGAAAAACGCUAGACAAAGACAGAAUGAUUUCAAGAAAAUGAUUCAGGAAGUUAUGCAUUCUCUGGAGAAACUUAUCCGUGGAGCUUUGCUUCCAUUCAGCCUCAAAGAAGGAGAAUCAAGACAGUAUGGUGGCUGGGAGAUGAAAUCUGAACUUUCUGGCCAGUGGCUAACACAUGUUAUCCAGACAGUAAGGCUUAGUUCUGAGUCUCUUACUGCACUUGAGAUACCCAACGAUAUGCUUCAGAUCAUCCAGGAUCUUAUUUUAGACCUUCGAGUACGUUGCAUUAUAGUGACUUUACAACAUACAGCUGAAGAUAUAAAAAGGUUAGCUGAAAAGGAAGACUGGGUUGUUGACAAUGAAGGCUUGACAUCAUUGCCUUCCCAUUUUGAACAGUGCAUUGUCCAUUCCUUGCAAUCUCUUAAAACUGUGCUGGACUGUAAACCUGGAGAAGCCAGCGUGUUCCAGCAGCAGAAGAUACAGGAGGAUGUGUGCCAGUUAAGCAUUGGGAUCUUGCAGGUUUUCAUAGACUGUUUGGAACAGUUGAGUACCAAACCUGAUGGUGACAUAGAUACAUCACAUCUUUCAGUUGAUGUUUCAUCUCCAGAUUUGUUUGGAAGCAUACAUGAGGACUCAAGUCUUACUUCAGAACAAAGAGUUUUAAUUGCACUCAGUAACUGUCGUUAUCUGGAACGUCAUACCUUCCUAAACAUAGCUGAACACUUUGAAAAACAUGGCUUUCAAGGCGUUGAUAAAAUAACUCAAGUUAGUAUGGAAUCCUUGAAAGAGCUGGAUCAGAGACUGUUUGAAAUGUACAUUGAAUCCAAGGCUGAUCCCAUUGUUGGGUCAUUAGAACCUGGCAUUUACGCAGGAUAUUUUGACUGGAAAGAUUGUCUUGUUCCAGCAGGUGUCAGAAACUAUUUGAAAGAAGCGUUAGUGAAUAUCAUUGCUGUGCAUGCAGAGGUGUUUACCAUUUCCAAAGAUUUAGUUCCUCGAGUAAUGUCAAAGAUUGUAGAAGCAGUCUCUGAAGAACUGAGUCGGCUGAUGCAGUGUGUUUCAUCGUUCAGCAGAAAUGGAGCUUUACAGGCAAGACUGGAAAUCUGUGCUUUGAGGGAUACGGUGGCCAUAUAUCUAACUCCUGACAGCAACUCAAGCUUUAAGCAAGCCUUGGAAGCUUUGCCUCAGAUCUCAAGUGGAGCUGACAAAAAGUUAUUGGAAGAGCUGCUAAACAAAUUUAAAAGCAGCAUGCACUUGCAGCUGACCUGUUUUCAAACUUCUUCAUCAGCAAUGAUAAAAACAUAGACGUCGACACAACACAGGGAACUCAACAGAUGCACACCAAUAAACGUCACCCAUUUUUCUGUACUACUUUGAUUCCUUUGAAGGCCCCGAGGAAAUCAGAAGGAAUUUCAUUGAAAAAGAAAUGAUGAGAUCCAACUCUGAGUAAUGGCAUGAGGUAUCCUGCUGAGUGAGAGUUCUGUUCAUAAUUAUCUUGACAAAAUAGUUUUCUGUCUACUGUAUUUCAUUCGGUGGAAGGGACUAAGUUUUGUUUACAUACACUCUUCUUGGCUGUAUGUUCGUGAAGAAAUCUUUAUUUAUUUACACGCUGUAAUCUCAGUUUCAUUUGUUAAAAAUAUUUGAAUGUAUUUUUAGCAACUGUCACCUUAAAUGUUAGUAUUACGCAUGCUGCUCUGUGUUUCAGUCUGUUCCUUUCUAGAUGUGGAGCAAUGCUAAUGUAAGUGACUGGAAGACUCAGCUUCUGCAAAUAAUUGAGAAGUAUGCUGUAAAGAUUACAACUUACAGGUGACUAUAAGUAUCCAGAUACAGUAUGCUGGAGAAUACCACUACUUCUGUGCUUAACAAUUAUCAACUUUUUUUCCUGCUGUCAUCUGAAGUUGUAGUGGUCAUUAAGUCUGAUUUCUUGGAAGGCUUUUAUUUUCUUUUUUCUUUUUAUCUAGACAGAUCUUUAUCUUUAGUGUUUUCCUUCUGUUUGAGUAUUGGUGUAGACCUUCACAAUUGAAAUAAGCUUUCCUGUCAUUGACCACUAACAGAAGAGUGCUCUGAGUUUGAGAUUAGUAGAAGCUGUUAUGAAUAUUUUAGAAUAUUUAAAAAUAUUCUUUAGUAUUAAGAACUAUAGUAGUAAGUACUUCUGACUGGUGGUAGGUAAGCUAAGGUGGAGCACAAUAUGUCGUUUUUGCUGUUUAAUUCUCAUUAUUGUUAUCUCUUCUUGUUCUUACAGUCUUUCUACCACUGUCUUCCCCUUCUCUCUUGUUAUUCAGUCCUCUUUUCACCACCAGUUAUUGAAUUUGUUUGGAGGUGAACAGGACAGGAACAGUUUUGCUGCUAUUAGCUUACAGUUACACAAAGUUUAAGAGCUGUCUUCCCAACAAAGAAGCAGGACCAGAUUUGACACUGACUUUCAUUUUGAGACUUGAUAAAACGUGAAGGAAGCAACUAAUAUAAAGCAGUCUAGUGGCAUGGGUUUAAUUUUAAAACUGAAAUCACACAUUAAGUACACCAUACAGAAAUGAUACAGUAUUCUUUCUGUACUUGCAGAAACUGUGCAUUGAGUUUUCAAUUAUGUCAGCUUUUGUCUUUUGCCAGUCCAGUUACACGCUUUAAAAAUAUAACAUGCAGCUCCAGUAAUUAUGAAAUGCUGUGGAAGACAGCUUGAUACUGAUGUAUUUACUUGUUAAAAAUUGUGCCUAUGUAAUGAUAGUGUUGAAUGGAAGUCUGAAAUUUAUGUCAUUUUUUGUUUGAAACAUAUGUUAUUAUUGGAUUAACAGGGAGAGCCAUUAAACAUCUAAAGCAGUG